GGAUCAAGUAGGAGAAGGAAUUGAAGACGGAUGCAUCUAUGAAGACAGGUGAAUCAAACCACCUGAUGCUUGUUGAGCUUUAUCCUUCUCUCCGGCUUUCUUCUUUUGAGUUUUCUCAGAUGGAAUGGCAGAUCACUCUAGCUAUGUCAAUCACGACCGUGACAUCGACCAAGCACUCGUUUCUCUGAAAAAAGGAACUCAAUUACUUAAGUAUAGCCGCAAAGGAAGGCCUAAAUUUCGCUCAUUCAGGCUUUCGCCGGAUGAAACAACAUUGUUUUGGUUCUCACACGGAGAAGAAAAAAGUUUGAAGUUAGCUACAGUUUCACGAAUUCUCCCAGGGCAAAGAACUGCUGUUUUUCGAAGAUAUUUACGUCCUGAAAAGGAUUACUUGUCAUUUUCUCUCAUAUAUCAUAACGGAGAUAGAUCUCUUGAUCUGAUUUGCAAGGACAAGGCUGAAACAGAGGUUUGGUUUGCAGGACUUAAGUCUUUAAUUAGACAAAACCGUAACAAGCACGCCAAAAGUGAGAUCCCUGAGAUACAUGACAGUGACUGUUUCUCUACUGGUCGUCCUUCUACUGCAUCUAUAGAUUUCGCACCAAACAAUACUCGACGAGGAAGAACAUCCAUUGAUUUAGGAAUCCAAAACUCUCCAACAAAGUUUGGUAGCUCAGAUGUGGGAUAUGAACGUGGAAACAUGCUAAGACCAAGUACUGAUGGUUUUCGAAUUAGUGUCUCAAGCACACCAAGUUGUUCAACUGGAACUUCUGGUCCUGAUGACAUAGAAUCCUUAGGCGAUGUUUAUGUCUGGGGAGAAGUUUGUAGCGACGGGAUAUCACAAGAUGGGACCGUUAACUGCAGAACUGUAAAAAUAGAUGUAUUGGUUCCAAAACCCUUGGAAUCAAAUGUAGUUCUUGAUGUUCAUCAGAUAGCUUGCGGUGUAAGACACAUCGCUCUUGUAACAAGACAAGGUGAAGUAUUUACUUGGGGAGAGGAAGCUGGAGGAAGGCUUGGACAUGGUAUUCAAGUUGAUGUUAGUCGUCCAAAACUUGUUGAGUUUCUUGCUCUUACCAACAUAGAUUUUGUUGCUUGUGGAGAAUAUCAUACUUGUGCUGUAUCUACAUCCGGAGAUUUGUUUACUUGGGGAGAUGGAAUCCAUAAUGUUGGACUUUUGGGACAUGGAAGUGAUCUUAGUCAUUGGAUACCAAAAAGAGUCUCUGGUCCUGUAGAAGGACUUCAGGUCUUGUCUGUUGCGUGUGGCACGUGGCAUUCCGCUCUUGCGACUGCUAAUGGAAAACUAUUCACUUUUGGUGAUGGAGCGUUUGGUGUUCUUGGACAUGGAGAUAGAGAGAGUGUUUCAUACCCUAAAGAAGUAAAAAUGUUGAGUGGUCUUAAAACCAUGAAAGUAGCUUGUGGCGUGUGGCAUACGGUAGCUAUAGUUGAAGUUAUGAAUCAGACCGGUACUAGUAUGUCAUCUAAAAAGUUGUUUACUUGGGGUGAUGGUGAUAAAAACAGGCUAGGACAUGGAAAUAAAGAGACUUAUUUACUUCCCACUUGUGUCUCUUCACUAAUUGACUACAACUUUCAGCAAAUAGCUUGUGGUCAUACAUUGACUGUUGCACUCACGACCUCAGGACAUGUUUUCACUAUGGGAGGGACUUCACAUGGUCAGCUCGGUAGCUCGAAUUCGGAUGGUAAAUUGCCUUGCUUGGUUCAAGAUCGAUUGGUUGGUGAAUUCGUUGAGGAAAUAUCUUGUGGGGAUCAUCAUGUUGCUGUCCUGACAUCAAGAAGUGAAGUCUUCACUUGGGGAAAAGGUUCAAAUGGAAGACUAGGACAUGGGGACAAAGAAGAUCGAAAAACGCCAACAUUAGUUGAAGCUCUAAAGGAGAGGCAUGUGAAGAGUAUAUCAUGUGGCUCCAACUUUACAUCAAGUAUAUGCAUCCAUAAGUGGGUCUCAGGUGCUGAUCAAUCAGUGUGUUCUGGUUGUCGUCAAGCAUUUGGUUUUACAAGAAAGAGGCAUAAUUGCUAUAACUGCGGUUUAGUGCAUUGUCAUGCGUGUAGUUCCAAGAAAGCUUUGAAAGCAGCAUUAGCUCCAACCCCAGGGAAGCCACAUCGAGUAUGUGAUGCUUGUUACACAAAACUUAAAGCUGGAGAGUCUGGUUAUAACUCUAAUGUUGCUAAUAGAAAUUCCACGACGCGGUCACUAGAUGGGUCGGUCAGACCAGACAGAGAUAUAAGGUCGUCAAAGAUUUUACUGUCUCCCAAAACAGAACCAGUCAAGUAUUCUGAGGUUAGGUCAUCAAGAUCUGAAUCUUCUAUUGUCAGAGCUUCACAAGUUCCAGCUCUCCAGCAACUUAGAGAUGUCGCAUUCCCAAGCUCACUUAGCGCGAUUCAAAAUGCCUUGAAACCCGCUGCCUCAACUUCGUCGUCACUGUCCUCUGGAACAAGAUCAUCAAGAAGAUCAAGCCCUCCACGCAGUUCUGGAUUUUCCAGGAGCAUGAUUGAUACUUUGAAGAAAUCAAACGGUGUUAUAAACAAAGAAAUGACAAAAUUGCAAAGCCAGAUUAAAAAUUUGAAAGAGAAAUGUGAUAAUCAAGGUACAGAGAUCCAAAGACUAAAGAAAACAGCAAGAGAAGCUUCUGACUUAGCUGUAAAACAUUCUUCAAAGCACAAGGCAGCAACAGAGGUCAUGAAAUCUGUCGCUGAACAUUUAAGAGAGUUAAAAGAGAAACUACCUCCGGAAGUAUCUGGAUGUGAAGCUUUUGAAUCCAUGAAUUCUCAAGCAGAAGCUUAUCUAAACGCGAGCGAAGCAUCUGAAUCAUCUUUACCUACAACAUCCGUGGGAAUGGGUCAACAAGACCCAACCCCUUCUGCAAACACACAAGAUCAAAACAUAGAAGAACAACCAUCAUCCAAUGGAGGUAACAUGAGGUCUCAAGAACCUUCAGGGACAACAGAAGCUUCAUCAUCAUCUAAAGGAGGAGGCAAAGAACUUAUCGAACAAUUCGAACCCGGUGUUUAUGUUACUUAUGUAUUGCACAAAAAUGGCGGAAAGAUCUUUAGAAGAGUUAGAUUCAGCAAACGGAGAUUUGAUGAGCAUCAAGCAGAAGAAUGGUGGAAUAGCAAAAAAGAUAGGUUGCUUAAGAGGUAUAGUCAUCAUGCUUCAUCAUCAAGUCCAAAGGCUUCAGAUCCUGUUCCUACACCAACUCAACCUCAACCACCUGCUUCUCCUACAGAACCAACUCAGCCUCAACCACCAGCUUCUCCUACACAACCAAAUCCUGAUCAAGCAGAGGAUUCAAAAGAAUCCAAAGAUGAGAUGUUGUUUCAAGAAGUGAGUAACAACAACGUCGAAGGUAUCAAAUCACUUUUCCGUGAAGGUGCAGGACUUGAGGGGGUGGAUAAGUUAGGGAGAACACCAUUAAUCUUAGCUUGUACGGACGAUGAUCUAUAUGAUGCUGCAAAAACUCUGCUUGAGUUGGGUUCCAAUGUCAAUGCUUAUCGUUCCGGUUGCAAUGGUGGGACUCCUCUGCACCAUGCUGCAAGAAGAGGUCUCGUACACACGGUUAAGUUACUUCUGUCUCACGGUGCAAAGCCACUGGUUCUUGAUGAUGAAAUUCAGACGGCUCUCGAGGUUGCUAGAGCUGAAGGUUACAGUAAUGUUGUAAGCGCAAUCGAGAGUCAUAUCUGCUUGUUCUCUGGUUGUAUGCGUGAGUUUUAUGGCCCCAGCUUUCUUGAAUCAUUCGCUCCUCGGCUUCUUUCAAGAAAAGUAUGGGUAGUUGUCGUACCAACUGGUUCACGAAAACCUACGAAGCCUUUAAAGUUGGAGUUGGCUGUGUAUGAUAGUCUUCAGGAUGCACAACCAAGGAUGGUGUUGCCUUUGUGGAAAGCCAACUUGGAGGAACCGAAAAGAUUUCAGUCUGAUGAUUCAGUGAUGAUUAUUGAUAACUCCAAAAGUCCAAAGUGCAUGAGGCAGAGAAGAGAAAGCGGAUUCAUUUCUCAGGCGAGGCGUUGGGCUCAAGUCGAUAGACAAAUACGUCUUAAGCUGGCAGCUGAGAUCAAAGGCGACACGAAACAGCUGAAUCGGUUUUCUGAGGCAUGUAAAGGAGUUCCACAGCCAAUGAAUCCUCCAAUGUUUAUGAAAACAUCUCAAACAACCAAUGUUCCUCCAUUAAGAGAUUACGAUUUGACUCAUGUCGACAUCUCACUUCCUUCUCCAAAAAUUGAGGAUAAAGAAGAUGGACUCUGUGUGAUUUGUGUGAAUGCACCAUCUGAAGCAGUGUGUGUGCCGUGUGGACAUGUCGCCGGAUGCAUUUCUUGCUUGAAAGAGAUUAAAAACAAGAAAAUGGGAUGUCCUGUUUGUCGCGCCAACAUUGAUCAGGUCAUUAAGCUAUACCAUGUUUGAAGGAAAGGAUCAUAUAUCUUCUAUGGCUGGAAGAUGUUGAAACUAUCUCCUAUUUUUUGUUGUCUUUGAAAGAUAACUACAAUCUUUUAUUAUGUGUAUGUAUGUGAUGAAGUCGAAAUAUAUGAUCACGACAAGU